GUCCUAUAUAUAUAGCACUACCAAUCAACUCAUUUUUGUACACACCUACACCUCUCACAUUUCUUCCAUCUUUUUUCCUUUUACAAAUUAAAAAAAUGAAAGACCAAUUUCGUGAAUUAACCUUUAAGGAAUUUCUUGAAGAGAUAACAAGGCAAGAACAAAGUUUUUUUAAGAAAAAAAGAUCUGAAAUGGUUAAAGAAAAUCCUGAGUUAUCCAUAAAAGAUCUUUUUCCUCCGAUGCCAAAAAUAACUACUAGUGAAAAUAAUGCUUAUAAUACAUCUACUUCAAAAGCUAAAUUUGAGCAAAUUAAUGUCAGUGAAAAGAUGCCAAAUAGUGAUAUUGUUGUGAAUGAGAUGCAAAAAGGUAAAGGACAAAAAGAAGCAUAUGAAGGAAGACGGUAGCUAAUAGUUUAGAAUGAAGUGUUAAAAGAGAUGGAGUUGUAAAUAAAUAAAUGAAGUAAAAAAACUAGCUCUAUGCACCUCGUUCAGUGACUUUGCUUUAAGAAAAUUAAGUCAAAAUUAUAGAAAAAUGGAAUUAAUCUGAUACACGUCUGUAUCCAUGGCUGCAUUAAGUUAAAUAAACAUCAUCUGAUGAUGUCUUGUUUAGUAAUUUUUGCCUGACUUACGAUAUUUUAGUUACAUCUUUGCUUGUGUAUGUUGAUCAUCUAAUAAACCUAAGAGUGCUUCACAUUUAUUUUUUAA